GUCCACGUUCGUCAUUGCACCCUAUCGCGGAGCCGUUCCCUACCAUACCCUCUUCAUCAUCGUCAAUCAUUGCUGUCAUUGCUUACAACCGUGUAUCUCUAUUUCGCAUAUUUUCUCAUAAUACUCCUCCACACGAUGGCCUGGUUCUGCACUGGAAAAACUAACUCAGACCUCAUUUCCAACAUGGCAAAGAAAGGCAUCUUGAACUCUGAUCUCGUCGCAGCGGCUAUGGCCAAGGUUGAUCGUGCCAACUAUGUAACCCAUAAAGCCGACGCCUACCAAGACUCUCCUCAGCCCAUUGGGCACGGCGCAACCAUCUCUGCCCCCCAUAUGCACGCUCAUGCUACUGAACAUCUUCUUCCUUUUCUCCAACCUGGAUCAAAAGUUCUUGAUGUUGGAAGUGGCUCAGGAUACUUGGCAGCCGUACUACACCACCUAGUUUCGCCAGAAGGAGUACAGGGCAAAGUAGUCGGCAUAGACCACAUCCCAGAAUUAGUAGAGUGGUCAAUACUGAAUUUGAAGAAAGACGGCUUGGCGGAGGCACUACAGGAUAAACGGAUUGAAGUAAUAGCUGGAGACGGUAGACAAGGUUAUGCUAGCGGGGGCCCGUACGAUGCUAUCCAUGUUGGAGCAGCCGCUCCAACGCUCCCUACUGCGUUAGUAGAGCAACUCGCUAGUCCAGGCAGGAUGUUUAUCCCAGUCGGAAGUUACACUCAACAAAUCAUUCAAGUGGACAAGGAUGCCAACGGUAAAGUGACCAAGAAAGAAUUAAUGGGAGUCUCUUAUGUUCCCCUGACCGAUGCCGAGAAGCAGCAGCGAGGAUAUUGAUGCCAACGAUAAUUAGGCAUCCAGUCAGCCUUUUUCAACUUUUUUCCAAUUUCGAAUAACUGUAUCCUUAUCUUGACCUGUAUUAUCGAAGCACAAUGUAUUUUACUUUUACCAAAUAGUUUUAUAAUGUUGCAGCUUGCCAAGUCCCUGGCUUAUUGUCUGUU